CUACCAUCUCCUCGGAGCUGGGGGUGGGAAGGAGCGAGAAAAUAAUGCUCUAAAUAAAUUAGUUAUUCAUUGGGACCACUGUACAGAAACUCUCCAUUUUGUAGCUUUAAUAAAUGUCUCGACUCGAUCUGCUCCUGACUUGUGGGUUCUAACGUUCCCGUCCAUGUCUUCAAACUUCCCCCCACAGCUUCCUGGAUGAUAGACGUUCCCGAUGGCCGCUGAUUCCAGAAGAGACUGUCUGGCGUUAAACUAGUCCCAAGUGAGAAAUAAGUCUCAUGCGGCCUGUACUGCGCAUGCGCGAGCCCUCGCUCCGUCCCGCGAGAGGAAGGUGUGUUCUCAGUUCCGGAGUGGACGCCGGCAGUUGAGGGAGUGUAACGCCUGCUGCUGCACCAUGACGUCUGUGGGGACCCUCGCCUUUGAUGAAUAUGGCCGGCCUUUCCUCAUCAUCAAGGAUCAGGACCGCAAGUCUCGUCUUAUGGGACUUGAGGCCCUCAAGUCUCAUAUAAUGGCAGCAAAGGCCGUAGCAAAUACAAUGAAAACAUCACUUGGACCAAAUGGGCUGGAUAAAAUGAUGGUGGAUAAGGAUGGCGACGUGACUGUAACCAAUGAUGGGGCCACCAUUUUAAGUAUGAUGGAUGUCGAUCACCAGAUCGCCAAGCUGAUGGUGGAGCUAUCCAAGUCACAGGAUGAUGAAAUCGGAGAUGGGACCACUGGAGUGGUUGUUCUGGCUGGCGCCCUGUUGGAAGAGGCCGAGCAGCUGCUGGACCGUGGCAUUCACCCCAUCAGGAUCGCCGACGGCUAUGAGCAGGCUGCCCGCAUCGCCAUCGAGCACCUAGACAAGAUCAGUGACAGCGUCCUUGUCGACAUAAAGGACACUGAGCCCCUGAUCCAGACCGCAAAGACCACGCUGGGCUCCAAAGUGGUUAACAGCUGCCACCGACAGAUGGCCGAGAUUGCCGUGAAUGCUGUCCUCACUGUGGCUGACAUGCAGCGCCGAGACGUUGACUUUGAGCUCAUCAAAGUAGAAGGCAAAGUGGGCGGGAGGUUGGAGGACACUAAGCUGAUCAAGGGCGUGAUCGUGGACAAGGACUUCAGCCACCCACAGAUGCCAAAACAAGUGGAAGACGCCAAGAUUGCGAUUCUCACGUGUCCCUUUGAACCACCAAAACCAAAGACGAAGCAUAAGCUGGAUGUGACCUCUGUAGAAGAUUUUAAAGCCCUUCAGAAAUAUGAAAAGGAGAAGUUUGAAGAGAUGAUUCGGCAAAUUAAAGAAACUGGCGCCAAUCUGGCUAUUUGCCAGUGGGGCUUCGAUGAUGAAGCGAACCAUUUACUUCUUCAGAACAACCUGCCUGCGGUUCGUUGGGUAGGAGGACCUGAAAUCGAGCUGAUUGCCAUCGCCACCGGGGGGCGUAUCGUCCCACGGUUCUCAGAGCUGACGCCCGAGAAGCUGGGCUUCGCGGGUCUAGUGAAGGAGAUCUCGUUCGGGACAACUAAAGACAAGAUGCUGGUCAUCGAGCAGUGUAAGAACUCCAGGGCGGUCACCAUCUUCAUCAGAGGAGGAAAUAAGAUGAUCAUUGAGGAAGCAAAACGGUCCCUUCAUGACGCUCUGUGUGUCAUCCGGAACCUCGUCCGGGACAACCGCGUGGUGUACGGCGGCGGCGCUGCUGAGAUCGCUUGUGCUCUGGCCGUCAGCCAGGAGGCAGACAAGUGCCCGACCCUGGAGCAGUACGCCAUGCGAGCCUUCGCCGACGCCCUGGAGGUCAUCCCCAUGGCCCUCUCUGAGAACAGCGGCAUGAACCCCAUCCAGACCAUGACCGAAGUCCGAGCCAGACAAGUGAAGGAGAUGAACCCUGCCCUUGGGGUUGACUGUCUGCACAAGGGAACAAACGAUAUGAAGCAACAACAUGUCAUAGAAACCUUGAUUGGCAAAAAGCAACAGAUAUCUCUUGCAACACAAAUGGUUAGAAUGAUCUUGAAGAUUGAUGACAUCCGUAAGCCUGGAGAAUCUGAAGAAUAAAGAAAAACUUUAGGAUGAAAUGUAGGAGUAAGAUCCACUACUGUGAUUAAAUAAAUGGUGUCUCGUGUGCAUCUACAGUUAUUUAUUAUCCCGUUUGUUUUCAGACACUGUAGAUGCUAAAACAUUAAUAGCUGUUUGGUUUCCGUGGUUUCACUUAUUCAGAGACGUGAUGCUGCAGAGGUACAGGCUCGCAGGUUUUGUAUUCGUUAUAUUAAAGGGAGCUCUUU